CAGAUAAGAUUUGCGGCUUUGGCUGUCGCCUCGCCUCGCCCCACCCCGCCCGUGCAGCAUUUAGGAUUAUUAGUAUACUAAGUAAAAUAAAUUUUUGCAGCAAACCCCAGCAUCGCCUGGCGUGGAAGAGAGUGGAGUGGAGGGUUUCCUUUUCCAUGAUCCCAGAAACUCCAUCAUUCACCUGCACCGCCGCAUUUUUAUUUUUUUUUUCCUCAAUUCAAUUCAUUGCCGCCUGUGAUUUAGUUGGCGAUUUUAUAUAUAUAGGGCUAAAUUAGGGUUCUGCUGGAGAUGGGCAGUCUCGAUCAAGUUGACGAUUUAACAUUCAGGAUUAAUUUCAGUGGAGAUGCAGCUGCCAAGUUGAGACAAAGAGUCAAGGAUAAACUCAAGGAAUUUAUGGCGGAUUACACUGAUGAUACUCUUGUGGAAUAUGUCAUUGUCUUGUUGAGAAAUGGCAGGCGCAAGGAAGAAGCCAGAAACGAGUUGAAUGUGUUUCUUGGAGAUGAUAGCCAUCCUUUUGUUUCAUGAAUCUAAUGUGGAAGAACCUCCUAAAACAAAAUCCACAUUAGUGGACCAGGAUGGAAUAAAUGAUUCUUUCAAGUUGGAUUCUGAAUCUGAGAGAGAAAAGCCUACAAAGUUACAUAGAAGCCGCCAUAAUAGGGAGUGGAGAGGACUAGUGAGAGAUGUGGUUGAUCCCCCUCCUUUGCGAAGCUCUGAAGUGAACAAUAUUCACUUUGAGGAAAGAACCCAUCGCAAACUAAGCCGUGGAAGAUCCCCUUCUCCUGGUUUAAGUCAGAAGAAAAGAAGCAGGACUGAAGAGAGGCAACAGGCAAAGGGGGAAGCUGUUGCCCAAGUGAAAAUUGAUGCUCCUCGUCGGCUACUCCAGUUUGCAAUGCGAGAUGCUGUGGGAAGUUUAAGGCCAGCAAAUGCCACAAAAGAGCCUUCGUUGAAGAGUCUUUCUUCUGUGGUGUCAACAUGCUCUGGAGUUUCAUCAUUGCCUGAUCGUCCUCAAAGGCUUCAGUCUGUUGCAUGGGUGCCAACUCCCAUGGCAACUGUGAUAAAGGCUGUUGCAGAAGCUGCUGAAGAUGUUCUAAAAGCUAAAUCAUCAGGAAAUGUGUUUGACAGACUUGGUCGAGGCAUGGAUGUUUCUGAGAGCCCAGAUCAGCAUGCAGAAUUCAGAGGAUUUGUUGCUGAGGAUGAUGAAUUUGGAGAUUUCAGCCAGAAUCUGGUGGAAAAUCAAUCACUGUAUUUGCAGAGAAAUGAGUAUGCUGGACAACAGGUCAGAAAUGUGGCAGCAUUAGAUAGUGAAACUGGGUUGGCUUCUGACUUUAUGUCUGAAAAUGAAAGGUUUAAUGAUUUUAAAGUUAUGGGACAUGGAAUCAUGGAUGUUUCUCAAACUGCUACGUCUGCUGGAAACAAUGCUGAGGAUUCAGUUAUGGUGCAAUACAACAUACCUAAUGAUAACAAAGUCAUGCGAUUAACAAGGAAGAAAGAUCAGGGUCCAUCUGUUGGAGCAUCAAGUUCUUCUCAUAAGAUAGCUAACGUUUCAAGGAAUGUAAAUAUUUGGAAAGCCCCUCAUUAUCAGGAACCAAGGGAGGUUGCUGAUUUGGGUCCUCAAAAAUCUGUUCAGGAGAGUGAGGCAGUUGUGGGAAAAUAUAGUUUUCAACCAAUGAAGGAGAAUGGCAACUCUGUUACUGUUGGUCAUAAAAAUGCAAAAUCUGCUGGUGAUAUUCAAAAAGAAAAUCAGAAGCCAUUGCAGUCUGCUUCUGGUUUGUGUGCUGUUGGUCAUCCUUUAGAGGAUCCAGAUUCUCGAACUAUUUUUGUUAGCAAUGUUCACUUUGCUGCUUCCAAGGACAAUCUUUCUCAACAUUUUAAUAAGUUUGGAGAAGUACUAAAAGUGAUUAUAGUUACUGAUGCAGCAACAGGGCAGCCUAGAGGGUCAGCUUACGUGGAGUUCAUGCAUAAGGAGGCAGCAGACAAUGCAUUAUCUCUUGAUGGAACCUCGUUCAUGUCACGAAUACUGAAGGUUGUAAAAAGGAGCUUUGCUGAUCAAGAAGCUGCUCCUUCUCUGACAUGGCUUCACAUCCCUCGGAGCUCUUCAUUUUCUGGUGGAAGGUUUACCAGAGCUAGUUUCAGUAGAGGCAUGGCAGGGAUAUUUAGGCCUUGGCUUUCUGUCAAACCUGGUGCGAGGAGUUUGCAGUGGAAGCGAGAUGCUCAGGCCACUCCUGAAAGUGGUACUCCAGUUCCCAGGAACAGUGUUUCCACCCCCAUUGGGCGUAGUCUAACCUAUGUCCGAACAGAGCCCAAAAAUGAUGGCAAAUCAGGUACAACCUAGUUAACCUCAGAAUGCUAAGAAGUUUUUAUAGGAGUGAUUGUACCAACUAGGCUGUGAAUCAGAAGGUUGGAAAUAGAUACCACUAGUAAUUGUGGUUUUUUCAAGAAGAUUAUUGGUGUAAAUGGGAACGUUUGCAGGGCUAAAAAAGAGGAGGAUGUUUUCUAGAAUUAGAGAAUGCUAGAAUGCUGCAAUUUUUUCAACUCCUUGUCCCCGUCCUAUUUUGGCACUAGACAGAGCCAGAGGGGGCAGUGGAAUGGAGAUAAUUUAUUAUACGCAGUUGCUCCUUUUUUUCUCCCACCCGAGUUAUUAUAUAUUAUUACAAACUACCGUGAUGGAUUGAAAUUUUGUGUUUAGGGUGCACAGCAUGGUUAGCCCCCUUGGUUUUUUUUUUUUUUUUGUACUUUUUUUUGAGGGACAAGUUUCGUUUAUGAUAUAAUUAUAUGAUAAAUUGAGAAAAUUGAAGAAAGUGAAAAAAAAAAGAGGGGGAUUAGCAAUUUGAAACUAGGUUGCAUUUUUCACCUUUUUAUUUUUAUUUAUUUUUUUAUGUGUGUAUUUUUUUAUUUGAGUUUACACUUUACAGCCUGGAGCUGUGACAAUCUGAUAAAAGAUGGGGCCAUUU